ACUCCAGCCCGGGCCUCGCCUCCAUCCAAUGGGCGACGAGGAGCUGCCGGGAACAGGGGGAGAGCCCGGACGACGCUCCCAGCUCAGUGCCUCCGAGGGCUUCCCCGCAAUAGGCGCCGGUUGCCGACAGGCCGAGAGGAGCAACGGAGGAGGACGAAGCAGGAUCAGAAGGAGGACGGGAAGGAACAAUAGAGAAUAGAGGAGAGCGCCCUUUGCUGCAGUUGAGAGCAACAGCUGGACUCAAAGCAGGGCGAGGAGGGAGAGGUUCAGGAGGAGAGGAAGGGAUGCAGUGAGAAGGCAGUGAGGGACAAGGACAGUGCUUGGAGGGGGAGAGGAGGCGAAGAGGGAGGCACUUUCCCUCAAGAAUUGGGUGGAAUCCAGUGAGGGACGAGGACAGUGUUGGGAGGGGAAGAGGAAGGGAUUUCCCCCCAAAAUUGGGGAGAAUCCAGUGAGAAGGCAGUGAGUGGCAAAGACAGUGUUUGGAGGGGAAGAAGAAGCGAAGAGGAAGGGAUUUCCCCCCAAAAUUGGGGAGAACACAGUGAGGGACAAGGAGAGUGCUUGGAGGGGGAGAGGGGGCACUUUGGAAGCGGAGGAGGAGGAGGAGGAGGAGGAGGAAAAGAGCAGAGAAGGAGGAGGUCCAGGCUCCCGGGGUGGGUGGGAGCCGGAGGAGGGGAGGGGAAGGGACUUUCCCCCGAAGAAUUGCGGGGAAGGGAAGGCGAGUACAAAGCCAGCGGCUUGGCGGGGAAGGGCCACUUCGGCGCCGGCUGUGACUCCACGGCCACCUCCACCGCAAUUGUGGCGGGAACAGCAGCAGCCGCCGCCGUCGCCGCGUCUUUCUCCUUCCCUUCCCUCCGCGCGCUCUUCCCCUCUUCCUCCUCUUCCUCCUCCUCCUCCUCCUCCUCCCCUUCGUCCUUCUUCUGCUCCGACCCGCCGGCCAGGAUGAUGAUGAUGUCCCUCAACAGCAAGCAGCCCUUCGGCAUGGGCAGCGGGGGCCUCCACGAAGGCAAAUACUCGGCCCUCCACUCCGCCUCGCCUUGCACCUCCGCCGCCGCCGCGCCCUCGGCCAGUUCGCCCAGCAUCACCAGCGCCGGCGGGGGACGGGGCAGCGCCCCCAGCAGCAGCAGCGGCAGCACCAGUAGCACCAGCAGCACCAGCAGCUCCUCCGCCAGCAACGGCGGCGGCUCCGAGGCCAUGCGCCGCGCCUGCCUGCCCACCCCGCCGAGCAACAUCUUCGGCGGGCUGGACGAGAGCCUGCUGGCGCGGGCGGAGGCGCUGGCGGCGGUGGACAUCGUGUCUCCGGGCAAGAACCACCCGCACCACCACCACCACCCGCACGCGCACCCGCACCCGCCGCCGCCCCACCACAGCCCCUUCAAGCCCGACGCCACCUACCACACCAUGAACACCAUCCCGUGCCCCUCGGCCGCCGCCUCUUCCUCCUCCUCCUCGGCCUCCUCGGCGGUGCCCAUCUCGCACCCCUCGGCCCACCACCACCAUCACCACCACCACCAUCACCACCAGCAGCAGCCGCACCAGGCGCUGGAGGGGGGCGAGCUGCUGGAGCACCUGACGCCGGGGCUGGCGCUGGGGGCCAUGACGGGGCCCGACGGGUCGGUGGUCUCCACGGCGGGCCACGCGGGGCCGCCCCCUCCGCACAUGACGGGCAUGAACCCCAUGCACCAGGCGGCGCUGAGCAUGGCCCACGCGCACGGCUUGCCGGCCCACAUGGGCUGCAUGAGCGACGUGGACGCGGACCCGCGGGAUCUGGAGGCCUUCGCCGAGCGCUUCAAGCAGCGGCGCAUCAAGCUGGGCGUGACCCAGGCCGACGUGGGCUCGGCUCUGGCCAACCUCAAGAUCCCCGGCGUGGGCUCCUUGAGCCAGAGCACCAUCUGCCGCUUCGAGUCGCUCACGCUGUCGCACAACAACAUGAUCGCGCUCAAGCCCAUCCUGCAGGCCUGGCUGGAGGAGGCCGAGAAGUCCCACCGGGAGAAGCUGACCAAGCCGGAGCUCUUCAACGGGGGCGAGAAGAAGCGGAAGCGCACCUCCAUCGCCGCGCCGGAGAAGCGCUCCCUCGAGGCCUACUUCGCCAUCCAGCCGCGGCCUUCCUCGGAGAAGAUCGCCGCCAUCGCCGAGAAGCUGGACCUCAAGAAGAACGUGGUCCGGGUCUGGUUCUGCAACCAGAGACAGAAACAGAAGCGCAUGAAAUACUCCGCCGGGAUUUAGGCAGAGCUGAGCUUCUUCAUCGUCCCGAGCGCCAUCCCUUCCCGAGAAGACUCCUUUUUGUAAACACAGACGUCACCUUCCACUUCCCAGGGAAAGAGACAGAGAGAGAGUUGAGAGGAAGUUGGCAGCAGAACAACCCA